AGAUUAUAACUAUUUAUUUGUCAUAAAACAUUAGUGGUUUCACUGUUAUUUAUAGAUAAAUAAAUAUAAAAAACAUUUGGUGAAAGUAAAAGAUUGCCAAUAAAUACCCAAAACUCUCUCACUUCACAUUCACACAGCACCAAAAAGAGUCAAGAGGCUCGUUAUCUCCACCUAAACAACGCCGUUCUCUGUUAUGGGUUGUUGCCUCAGCUCCGCCACCGCCGACAAGAAAGAUGAUCCUGUCUCCGGCAAGAACACCGCACCACCUCCAUCAGUUGUCGAUGAAGAGACAGUAGUCAAAGAAGUCUUGUCCGAAACUACAUUGCUCACUUCCUCUAACGACAAUUCGACGGUGGAUAAGAUGACGACGACAAAGAUUCAAGAAGAUGAGGAGAAGAAACCCGGAAUUGUUGUCGACGUAGUUCAAGAACCGGUUUUGACCAAGCCCGGUACGAUUGAACCCGAAAAAGGAUCGGAGGUUUCCGAGAUUUGUAGUUUAAGCGAGAGUUUGCUUUCGAUCGUGAAUGGAUACGACGAGGAAGAAGUGAAACAGAUGAAAUCUCAGGUAGUGAGACAGAGAUCUCCGGCGAAAUCUCGGAACCGGGUCAUGGUUAGUUAUCCAAACCGGAGAACCGAUAUGUCUCCUCGUAAGAGACACUCCGAAGAAGAAGCUGGCUCGGUAAGGCUGGUUCCGCCGGGUACGGGUAAAAGAGACCCGACUGAAAGAUCCGAGAGAAGGUCAAGGUCGCCGGCGAUGAACAGGUCCGUCAUGAUGGGUCCAACUCGGAGUCAACAAAGUACGGACAGUUGUGGAGCAAUGAGGAGACAAAAUCAGUCUCCGGGUCGGGUCAGACUUGAUCCGAAUAAGAACGGGUCGGAACAAGAUUGUAAUCAUCACAAGUGGCCGGGUUCUGUCGGGAAUUACAAUUCUACCCCUAACGACUCUUUUGAGAACCCUCUUGUUUCAUUAGAGUGUUUCAUCUUUCUAUGAGAUAAUAUAUCUUAUUAUCGAAUUGUCGCCGGAAUUUACAAUUUCGAAGUUAUUUUAUCUAUUCAGAUUUCACAUGCUUCGCCACUGCAGAAUCUGUUUGGUUGUGGAUUUUGUAAAAUACUAAAAUGUUUUUCUGUUUUUCAUUAUAAAAAAAUGAAAAAUUAAAUUAAAUUA